AGACCCCUCAGGAUCCCCCUGGACUCCCUCAGGAGGCUCCAGGGGCCCCCCCUGGACACCCCCAGCCCCCCCCCGAGCCCCUCCCGGACCCCCCCCGGCCCCGCCAUGAGGGUGAAGCUGAAGAACAUCUUCAUCAUCUACUUCGUGGUGUCGCUGGUGGGGCUGCUCUGCGCCCUCCUGCAGCUCGGACAACCCUGUGACUGCACCCAGCAGCGGAGGGGCCGGGACCGGGAGCGGCUGCUGGGGGAGCUGCGGGGUGGGGGGGGCCGGGGGGGACCCCGGGGGCAGGGGGGGGCCCGGGUCCUGCCCACCAUCUACGUGGUGACCCCCACCUACGCCAGGCCGGUGCAGAAGGCAGAGCUGGUGCGACUGUCGCAGACGCUGCUCCACGUGCGGGCGCUGCACUGGGUGGUGGUGGAAGACGCCCCCGCCCCCACGGCGCUGGUGGGGGGGCUUUUAGCUGCCAGCGGGGUCCCUUACCCCACCACCCACCUGAACGUCGAGACCCCCCCCGAAAUCCGCCGCCGCCCCGGGGACCCCCCUUGGCUGCGCCCCCGCGGCGUGGAGCAACGCAACCGGGCGCUGCAGUGGCUGCGGGAGACGCGGCUGCCCGGCGAGGGCGGCGUGGUUUACUUCGCCGAUGACGACAACACCUACAGCCUGCGGCUCUUCGAGGAGAUGCGCAGCACCCGUGGCGUGGCCGUCUGGCCGGUGGGGCUGGUGGGGGGGCUGCGUUUCGAGCGGCCGCUGGUGGCGGGGGGGCGGGUGGUGGGCUUCCACACCGCCUGGAAACCCGAGCGCCCCUUCCCUCUGGACAUGGCCGGCUUCGCCGUGGGGCUGCCCCUCCUGCUGGCCCACCCCGCGGCCCGCUUCGACCCCCAAGCCGAGCGGGGCUACCUGGAGAGCAGCCUGCUGGGGGGGCUCGUGUCCCCCGCCGAGCUGGAGCCCAAGGCUGACAACUGCACCCAGGUUCUGGUGUGGCACACGAGGACAGAGAAGCCGAAGCUGCGGCAGGAGGAGCAGCUGCAGCGCGAGGGCCGGGGCUCCGACCCCCACAUCGAGGUUGCCGCCGGCGCGGGCCAGGCAGUGCAGGGCCAGUUCCAGGUUGGUGCCCCCCCCGGGCAGGGCGCUGGAGCAAGCCAGGUCCAGUAAGGUCUCUACUAUGGGGGGGGGGACACACACGGCAAGGUGAGGAUGG